GAUACUAAGUUGUCUUUGAAUGAUUGGAGUUUCUUUUUUUCUUGUGAGACUUGGUAGUAGAGACAAAUUUCAACUAUGGCUUCUUUUACUGAUCUUUCUGGUAUCUUUUCUUUGAUUACUUUACCAACUGAGAGGAUUUUUUUGAGUGGGUUGACAAUGUACGUGAUAGAGAGCAAAGGAGGUGCCAUCGUAUGCAUGCUACUUGCCUUGUUCUUCUUGGGAACAUGGCCUGCAAUCAUGACCCUCCUGGAAAGACGAGGACGGCUUCCACAGCAUACUUACCUCGAUUAUUCAAUCACUAAUCUCUUGGCUGCUGUGAUUAUUGCUUUAUCAUUUGGUGAGAUAGGCAAGAGCACACCUGAGACACCAAAUUUUCUAGUUCAGCUCUCUCAAGAUAAUUGGCCCUCUGUUUUGUUUGCAAUGGCAGGAGGGAUAGUCCUCAGCCUUGGAAAUCUCUCCACUCAGUAUGCUUGGGCUUUUGUUGGUUUAUCAGUUACAGAAGUAAUCACUUCAAGUAUAACAGUUGUUAUAGGUACAACCAUGAAUUACUUUUUGGAUGACAAAAUUAAUAGAGCUGAGAUCCUCUUCCCUGGUGUGGCAUGCUUCUUGAUUGCUGUUUGUCUUGGAUCUGCUGUUCACUCAUCCAAUGCAGCUGAUAAUAAAACAAAGCUUAAAACUUUGUCAAGUGACCAGAAAGCUGAAGUGAAGUAUGUUUCUUUUGGUUAUUGCCAACCUUUUGACAGGGAUUCACAUAUUUCCACAUUUCCAGAUAAAGAUGUGGAGGAUGGAAUUGCUUCUACUGAGAAGGCAAAGGCUGGAACUGCAGAUUUCCUUGUACAGCUUGAGAAAAGAAGAGCAAUUAAGGUGUUUGGGAAAGGCACUUUCAUUGGACUAGCUAUAACGUUCUUUGCUGGAAUUUGCUUCUCUCUGUUUUCACCAGCAUUCAACUUGGCAACAAAUGAUCAGUGGAAAACUUUGAAGGAAGGGGUUCCUCACUUGGCUGUCUAUACUGCAUUUUUCUACUUCUCGGUGUCCUGUUUCGUCAUUGCUAUAAUUCUAAACGUCACUUUCCUAUACCGCCCUGUGCUGAAUUUACCCAGAACAUCAUUCACGGCUUACGUGAAUGAUUGGAAUGGCAGAGGCUGGGCACUAUUGGCUGGUCUCCUGUGUGGCUUUGGCAAUGGUCUCCAGUUUAUGGGAGGUCAAGCCGCAGGGUAUGCAGCAGCAGAUGCUGUUCAGGCCCUUCCCCUAGUAAGCACCUUUUGGGGAAUCCUUUUGUUUGGGGAAUAUCGAAGAUCGUCAAGACGAACAUAUAUAUUACUUGUCAGUAUGUUGUUUAUGUUCAUAGUGGCUGUUGCGAUUCUUAUGGCAUCAUCAGGGCAUCGAAAAUGAGUAAUCGCCUGCAAUGAUUGUCUUUACAAUUGUAUGAAGUAUUCAAUUAUAAAUACAGACAAUAAAUUUUGUACACACCAGGCAAGUGGUGCAGCUGAUUGGUUGAGAUGUACAAUAUUUAUUAGGUGCUUCCAAAUAUUCCAAAACCAAAACAGUCAUAUUGUUUCCAUAAUCUGAAUUUCCAAAAUAUGUAUUUUGACCUCA